GCACAACGACAGGCGACUGGAGUUUCAGGACCAGUUCAAACCAAUCCCGUUUUGAAUUUUCUGCAAAUUGCUUCCACACCCUCUCCUACUCCUAUCUUCUGCUAUCCUCUGCCUCCUUCUUCCAAUCCCAAAUGAAUCUCCAAAGCUUCCUCUGCCGAGCUAGUUGUUGUUGGUUGGCCCUCGUCAUCAUUUUCGCCAGCUUAGUUUAUCAGGCUUUGUCAAGGGAUAAGCAAUACAAGGCCUGCUUGCCUCGGAACUGUGGACAUGGCCCAAACAUCAGCUACCCCUUUUGGAUUUCAGGCGAGCAGGAGUCCAAAUGCGGCUAUCCGAAUUUUGAGAUUACCUGCAAAGAGAAGUACCCCAUCCUGACUUUCUUGGACAGGAAACAUGGCAAUUUGGGGACAAAAGCCAUCAUAGGAGUAGCAGCAUCAGUAGUUGGAAUUGGGAUCGCCCUUAUUUUAAUGCUUUCCUUCAAGAAGAAACCAAUGAUAAGAAGAAUUAUGGCUUUGAUAAAGCAAAGGAGUGAAUAUUUCGAUGGUGAAAUGAAAAUCGAGGGACUCGUCUCUUCAAGAAGAUACACCUAUAAAGACAUCAAGAGGAUGACCAACUCUUUCAAAGAAAAGUUAGGCCAGGGAGGCUAUGGUUGUGUGUACAAAGGCAAGCUUCAAGAUGGCCAACUUGUAGCAGUGAAGCUUUUAAAGAAGUUGAGAGGUGAUGCUGAAGAAUUUUUCAAUGAAGUUGCAAGCAUAAGCAGGACUUCUCAUGUCAAUGUUGUCAACCUCUUGGGAUUCUGUUUUGAAGGAAGCAAAAGAGCUUUGGUUUAUGAGUUCAUGCCUAAUGGAUCCCUUGAAAAGUUCAUAUUUAAUAGGAGUAACACAAUGGAGUUAGAUCAACUAUUGAGUUGGGACACAUUGUACUAGAUUUCCCUUGGCAUAGCUCAUGGGCUAGAGUACUUGCAUAGAGGUUGCAACACGAGGAUCUUGCACUUUGACAUAAAGCCUCACAAUAUUCUCCUUGAUGAAAGCUAUUGUCCCAAAAUUUCCGACUUUGGUCUUGCCAAAAUAUGCCCGAGACAAGAGAGCAUCGUGUCAAUGCUAGGUGCCCAAGGUACCCCUGGAUAUAUUGCUCCAGAGCUAUUCAUGAGGAACAUUGGAGGGGUUUCUCACAAAUCGGAUGUUUAUAGCUACGGCAUGAUGGUUUUGGAGAUGGUCGGUAGGAGGAAAAAUAUCGAAGUCAUGGUAGAUCGUACUAGCGAAACAUACUUUCCUCAUUGGGUCCAUCAACGGCUAGAGCUUCGAGAAGAGCUUGGGUUGCAUGGGAUCCUGAAUGAGCGGGAUGAAGAAAUCGCAAAGAAGAUGAUUGUAGUAGGCUUAUGGUGCAUUCAGAUCAAUCCAAGAGCUCGACCCUGUAUGACUCAAGUUGUGGAGAUGCUAAAAGGAAGUGCUGAGGCCUUGCAAAUUCCUCCAAAACCAUCCUUGUCAUCACCCUCAAGAUUGCUAGAGGCUUGUCCAUGUGAAAGUUCGUCUUUACAAGAGAGUAAUGACUCGAGUUGUGGUUAUUCAAUUUCACUUAUAGGAGACUAACAUAGUUUGUAA